AAUGCGGACGCAGAGUACAACACAAAGUCAGACGCCGUGAUUCCGCCGCGAUUCCGAACGGCGAGGUCGGGCCAGGGGACGUGUGGAGUCAGGCACGCCGCGUGUCCGUUUUCCUCCACUUCGGCAGCACCGUCACCUCGCAUUCUCUUCUUCGUCUUUACUCUCGCCGUCCUUCCGCUCUCCUUUUCUCACUCGCUCACUUGCGCCACUUCACAUCGCACCAUGACGACCCCAAUGCCCGCAGAGAACGACGAGCCCAAGGGCAUGACCUACCUCCAGCACGGGUGGCAGAAGUGCAAGGAACAGCCCAUGGUCCCAAUAGGCGUCGCGGCGACGACCUUCGCCCUGCUGGGCGCCACGGCCAGCCUGCGCAGUGGCAACCGGAAACAGUUCCAGCACUUCCUGCGGCUGCGUGUUGCCGCACAGGGUCUCACCGUCGUCGCGAUGGUGGUCGGUGCCUACAUGAUCAGCAACAAGGCUGAGGAGGCCAAGAUGAACCGCGAGCGGGCUUUGACUGGUGAGUUAAAAGGCGUCAGCACCUUCCUCCUCCGGUGUCACUCGUCUGUUGGAUCUCUCUAUCUCUCCUCUCGGCCAGCCAUUCUCCCCUCUUGUCCGGCUGUCGUCUCUCUCUCCCUUCAGCGCACCUCGUCUCCUCUGAUCAAGCCGACCCUGUACUUCUGCUCACACCAGGCCAACUUCCACCUGACGCUGGCGCCCGCGGCGUAGAACCAGCCGUUGUCACCGCAAUCAAGGAGCGGCGGCCAGAGGACACCGAUGCGGCGUACGACCA